UGUCCUUUGCAUCUUCGACUUGUAAACAAACGCGUUCAAUGUUCAUGUCGUACUCACAUUACCAGCCAGGGCAGCAUCCAGCGGGAACAACAUAUCCUUAUUAUCACCCAGGUGCACCAGGCGCAUAUGCUCACCCUCAGACUCCGGGUUAUCCAGCCUACCACCAAGGCUACGCCACAGGUGUGACUGGCUACGGUGCAUGGCCAUAUCCAUACACCUAUAUCCCACAGCAGCCUGCACAAGCUCCCUCUCAACAGGCAGUGCGGCCCACAGUACAGACAACGGCGCCGCCAGCUGCGACACCCAUCCCCACUCCAGUCGCUGCCACUCCGAAGACGACCACAUUUACGUCCUAUACCCCAACCUAUGCCCGAGAAACUGCUCCUGCUGCCACUGCAGGGAGGUACUGGGCGAGCCAGAUUUCUCCAGUGAAAAACCUCAUGUAUGGUUUCGGCGAUGAUCGGAAUCCUGCCAACGACACAGUGAAUGUCAUGGAAGAAAUACUUGUCGAGUUCAUUGCAGAUAUUUGUCAAACUGCUGGUGGUCCACAACGGAAAACACGAUUGUCUAUUGAAGAUCUUCGUCGAGCUUUGUCGAGGUUAGCAGAUGCGAAAAAGCUGGCUCGUAUGGAAGAAUUGUUAUUUAUGCAGGAGGAUAUCAAACGUGCUCGGGCUCAGUUCGAGGAAUCCGACAUCACGCAGUCAAAGGAGUACUAGGAGAAUUACUUUAGUAGCACUG